AUUUUGAUCAUAUAUGCAUUAUAACUCGAGAGGAAGUGAUAGCGUGAUGCGCACCAAUUCCCGGUGAUUCGACGCGAAACAGCCUCUAAGAUCAGUCAGUAUCUCUAUAUUUUCCUCUUCUUCUUUUUUCUCGUUUUAUUCAAGAGAAAACCGUCGAUUGUAGCAGUACCUACGCAAAACAAUGUUGUCAAGUCCAGUUUAAACAGUUGCCGUACAAGUGCCUCUUUGGAAAGAGGGAAGCUUUAAAAGACGUUGCCAAUGGAUAGAUGUCUCCAUAGUAGGAUCGGUGAAGUGUAGGAUCUAGUUGGACGUGGUACGAUCAGCGGGAUGAGGAUCGCGUGUGUGAUCACGAUUUGUGCCGCAUUUAUAUCAACAUUCCUCGGUGUAGAAACCGUGCAUUCUGAAAGGAGGCAAAAGUCAAAGGCCCAUUUGCUACAACUCGAAUCCGUAAAUAACACAAAUUUCAACGUCAGCGAGAUAACGUUCACAACUCUCCAACCGGAGAUACAACCGGAAAAAUUGUUCAACCAGCACGAAACACACUCGAAUGCACCAAACGCGCACAAACUCGCCUCGAAAACGAGAGGCGCAAGCAAGAAAAUCUUAAGAAUUCAUUCGACUCGUUCGAUUCAACCGCGAUCGUAUCCGUUGAAUCGAUAUAAGGUGAAUCGACGUCGAAGGCAGCUUCAGCAUUCGGCCGCGAGAACAAAAUCGUACGAUAUUAACGAGAAUUACGUGGAAAAUCAACAAUUCGAAACAAUACAAGGACCCGCGGCAGCUUUCGAGGAUGGAUCGAUUCGAAUCGAGCCUAUAUACCGAGUGAGCAAGAGCAAAAACAUCUUCGACUCGAUCGUUGACGUGAUUCAUAAAAUAAUCAAUCCAUCGAAAGCGUUGGGCCCCUUCGUUGGACCGUUCCAUUUCCCAGGCGUGGGCGACAAAGUGUACAUUCGACUUUUAGAGCCGCUUAACUCGAAGCAUCUGGUGAUACGAUUGAUAUCGCAUUCGCCGAUCACAGAAAUUCAGUCGACGUUCGAGAAAAACAUUCUUCCGGCCAGCGAGUUGAUAGAACAUCCCGAAAUUUCCUCGAUCGAUCACGAGCCUCUUUCUCUGCCCAACAAUGAACUGUUGAAAUCGUACGGCCAGCACAGCGACGCGGUUCACUCGUCGGACAGUUUGCUGUCAUCCAGUAACAAUGUGGAUCAAGUUUUGAAAGUGACGAAUAAUUUUGGCCAGAAAGCAAAGGUUAAUUCCGCAGGAAAGCACAAUUUGAGGACGUAUAAGCUGAGUUUUAAACAUGGUAACGUGAACGGUAUCCAAAAGAUCAGACAUCAUAAGAGGAAUCCGUCUUCGAUAACAAAAAGCAAUAUCAAUCAUAUUUCUCGUACGAAGCAGGCCGGUGAAAUAAAUAAAACGAAAGAUAAUCUUCGAUCGAGCAAUUAUCAAGAAUCGGCGAAUGAUUCCAGCGGCGAAGACGAUUCCAAGCUGUUAACCGUCGAUUUCCAACAAAUUCAGCAUCCCAUAAAUGCUUCGUUAUUCGAGCAAAUAUCUUACAACACACCAAUCACUCCGUUCGAAUCAUUUUCGAGCGAUCAAAUAUUCUCGAAUCCUCGAAUCCCAACCUCGAUCAAUCGACAAGUUCAAUCGUACAACGAUUCCAACGAAUCAACUACUCCAAAGUACAGUAUCAAAUUUGCGAGUAAGAACAUGAGAUACCUUAACCUAGACGGAAGCGUGGAGCCCGCCAUUAAGAAGGACAGCGAUGGCGGGAAAUUCAAAUCAACAGAAAUGGAUCCCGUCGUCUCGAAAGUGUCUAAACCUGUCGAUAGCCAUUGGAGAGUGCUUCGAGGCGUAAAUCUACGAUCGAAAGAGGCAAUAGAGUCGAAUAAACAGAGUCAUGGAGGUUCUCGAGAAAGAAGCGAUCGCAACGAUGAUGCGUUUUUUAGAAGUGUCCCGGAGGUCUAAUGAUAGCGCGAUGAAUUAUUCACGAGGAAACACAGUCGCGAUAAAGGAGCAAGGGUGUUGUUUGGAAAAAAGAAAUGGAAAACAAAAGCACGAGAUCUGGAUUCGACGAACAAUGUGGAAUCGAGUCGAAUAUAAAUAAUUCAGGGGAGCAGCGUGGAAUCCAUGUCGAGAAAUGGAUUGCAAAACAGUUUGAAGUCGUUGCAAGUCCAUUCAGAAUGAUGCGUUAAAAAUAUUUUUUUAAACAAACAGUCUCAGUCUUUAGUAUAAUCUUUCAGAAUUUUUAUUUAGAUUUAUUCUUCUUUGUUAUUUUGCUGUAUCGCUUGUUGAUUUUUAUGAUUCUUCGAUUAAUAAUACAUUUGUUGCACAGUCAUUUCUUAAGAUUCUUUAAUAUAAUAUUAACGUAUGAAUAGUGAAAUCAAUAAAAAUGU